AUGUCGUCCCGAGGUGGUACCACCCUCUACGUGACUGGUUUCAGCCACGGCACUCGCGCCCGCGACCUCGCCUACGAAUUCGAACGCUAUGGUCGCCUGGUCCGCUGCGACAUUCCAGCUCCGCGCAGCGCUAGCAGCAGGCUGUUCGCAUUUGUCGAGUAUGAAGACCGCCGUGACGCUGACGAUGCAUAUUACGAGAUGCACAACAAGCGACUGGCUCGUGAUGAGAUCUUGAAGAUCGAGUGGGCACGCACUCCUCCUUCUGCCUCAUGGCGCUUCGACUCGGGUCGUGACCGCGAUUCGCGAGACUCUCGACGUGGUGGCCGAUCUCCCCGCCGCGGCGGCCGCUCUCCUUCUCCUAGACGCAGCACGAGAGACUACUCUCCCCCUAGAAAGGACGACCGCCGCGACCGUGAUCGAGACUACGACCGUGACUCGCGACGUGACACCCGAGACCGCUCCCGAAGCCCCGAUCCUCGUGAUCGAGACAGCAAGGACGAGCGCGAUGACCGCGGUGACCGCGAUCGUCGUGAGAGCCGCGGCGAGAAUGGAACAAACGGCGAUGACAGAAAGCCUGCCGACUCCCCCCCUCCCCGCGAACGCGAGCACGACGACCUGGAUGUCGCUGAGUAG